AUGUGCGAACUGCCGGAGGCGACCUCCUGGAAGUUGCGUAUCAAUCUUCACGCGCUGCAGACGAGUACCAGGCAGGAAAUUUCACAUCAACCCUCUUUUGCUUCUGGAGGAACUCUGCGACCGUCGCUUCUGUUCGAGACCUCCCAAGACCAGUCAUACGAAGAAUUAGUCAACUGUCUACCGGCAAAGCCCGUAGUCGACCAACUGGUGAAUUUAUUCGUCAAUGGUUUGGACAUACCGACACUUCCAAUUCAUUUACCAGUGUUCCUGAAGGACUAUCAACUUUUCUGGGACAAUCCUGGCCGCGUGUCUCUACCGUGGCUUUCGAUUCUGUUUUCUAUCAUCUCCCUAGGCUUGCAAUAUGUCCUGAGAUCUGGAUCGGCAAUCGAUGGAAUUCCUUACACAGAGCCUGCAUGCCGAAAGUUUGCCUCCAAGGCAGCAGAAUGUUUGAGGACGUUCGAUUAUGCUAAGCCCGCACCGCGAACUGUCGAAGCUAUGAUCAUGUACAUGCUUUGUGAACACAUUUGGUUGGGGGAAUAUCGUUUUAGGGCUUCCCUUAUUCUCAGCUUGACCAUACGACUGGCCAUGCGGGCCGGUUAUCAUAGGGACCCUUCGCACUACAGUCAAAUAUCUACGUUUGAAGGUGAGGUGCGAAGAAGGUCGUGGUCGUAUCUGGUGCAGCUCGACAUCUUAUUUGCCUCGUAUCUGGGCCUCCCACGCCAUAUAAGUGACCGGCGAACCGACACGGCACUACCAUCAAAUAUUGCAGAUGAAGAUCUGCAGCCUGAUAUAACGUCUCUACCUUCUAUCCGAAAUCCCGCAGAACCUUCAGCCAUAUCAUUCCUAAACUACAGGGAGCAACUUUGCAAGAUACUUGAUCAGAUCACAGACUGCACUACUUCGUUCGAAGACCUCCCUUACGACAAGGUCCUCAGAUUAGAUCUGGCUCUUGAUAGGCAGAUUGACGCCUGUCCAGCUUGGUUGGAUCCGUCACCACGUUUUGAGGUACGCAUAAUGAAUGAUCCCGCAACUAUGAACCAGGCAAUAGAGGUCGAUAUACUGGCGCAGCGAGCGCGCAUCAUCCUCCACCGAAGAUUGCUUAUUCCUGCUCAUGGCAACCCGCAGUAUUUACCCUCACGCAACAAGUGUGUCGCAGCUGCAGCGCGGAUACUCCAGCAUCAAAUCACGGUUUCUCAAAUCUCAUUUAAUGUGGAUGGCAUGACCGUGCCAAAUUGGAGAGCUCUCUCCCUCAUGCACGAAGACUUUCUUCUAGCAUCCAUAAUCUUAUGCCUCCACAUCAACCAAGAUAUACGUCAUGGGAAGGUAUCGCGAGAUCUAGAAGAUUCCCCUAGCAAGGAAGUUGAGCUACAAGAGCACCUGGGGCUGUUAGGAUCAUGUCGAAAGAUUCUGCUCGAUGCUGAAAAGCCUAAUCGUGAUGCGCAGAGAGCUGCACAGGUGAUAGAGGUUGUACUUCUGCAAGCAUCCAAAGCUCGAAAUGCCAACCCAGACAAGGACGAAGAUACUAAUGAUGCGAUCACUGGCGUCUGCCCGGCUAGCUCAGAGCCUGGUCCGGCCGAUUUUGUACCAGUUGGACUUGAGGAUGGAUAUUUUGGAGACCCUUAUUGGUUUGGAAAUCAGGUGCCGAUGUUUUCUGAUUUGGAUCACGCGUUUGCCAGCUUUCCAUCAGAUGAACAGUUUCCUUUCUUGGCUGGCUCGGAUUUGGAUGAUAUACUAUCGUUGGGCUUGUAG